CCUGAAUGUAACUCCGCACCAGACAGUCAUUCUUUGGGCACGAUUUUUGUUCACUACCAGUUCAUUCUAUCUGGAGAUAAGCGGAGUUUCCACCAUGUACAACCGGACGUUUCUUGUCUUAACGUCAAUUUGGUCUCUCAACCUGCGGACAACUUUGCGAUGCGCCCUUUCAGAAUGAAUCGGAAUUCUACAGUGCAUGCAUCUAUUUGAUUACCUCGCAAUUGACUAGACUCCGCGCUCCACAUGCAUCUCUUGAUUCGAACCCAGUCAGAUGCUAAGAAUACGAACCCCCAGCACACUGCAGCAUCCCUUCCCCCACUGUGGCUUUUUCACUGAAUAUAUGCCGUGUCACAGCACCAUGUCCCACUCCCACCUCGGACAAAUCCAGAAAUGCACUGGUGCACGUCCCUCGCCUGGGAAAGUUGGAAGUCGGAGGUCUGGAUGUUCGGCGCCGGUGCUUUUGAUGACGAUUCCUACGCAGGUUUCUCCUUCGUAUCCACUAAUGGAAGGCCAUAGAAACUGCGCUCCUCGACGGGCGCCAAGACGCCCCGUGCACACUAGACCUCCGAAAGUAGUCCCGUUCAGAAAAGCCGACCCUGGGUUACUGGAAACAAACGGCUCCGAUGAGAGGCACCGGUAGUCAAAAAAGGGUUCGGGAAAAUCAGUCUGGAAGCGCAGUGCGUCCCCGGACCUCACAAUUCCCAAA